AUGAUGGCCCCGAGGAUAUGGAUCUUGCCUGGCGCUUCUUUCAAGCGGUCUGGCUCAGACGGCCGUCGGUCUCCAGACUCCGAGUUCCAAAACAGACUUCUACAAAGCAUGCGGAUAGGAUCGGGUGACUCGCAGAAAUCAGUGCUCUGCUCCCGCAGGCAUCGUCCACUUCACUUCUCUCCUACAUCGGCGGGCUCGCUUAAGGCGAUUGCUGAUGUACCGGUGUGUCACUCUGGCCCACAUACCGGCCGGCCCUACGUCUGA